CUCGAAGAGGACUUCGACGACGCCAUGAAGAAGCCGAGGGGAGGCUUCGAGAGGGGUCUCCGUCCCGAUCGCAUACUCGGCGCCACCGACGCCUCCGGGGAACUCAUGUUUCUCAUGAAAUGGUUGGACUCGGAUGAGGCGGAUCUCGUGCCCGCGAAGAUGGCUAAUGUGAAGUGCCCGCAGAUCGUCAUCAAGUUUUAUGAGGACCGCCUCACGUGGCACUCAAAUGCCGAAGAGCUGAACGCCGCGGCAAAGGCUGACUGA